AUGCAGUACCCAUAUGUUUUUGUUAUUUUGAUUUUGUUGCCCUGUUGGAGUUAUGGCCAGCCGGCAUAUUAUUAUAAUAGAGGUCAAGGUCAAGAUGGGCGUUAUAUCAGAGGACCAGUCAUAUAUCGCAACGAUGUGAUACAAGAUUUUGAAUAUGUACCCACGGUACAGGGUUACCGUUACAACUAUGUUUUAAACGAUGGCACCACGAGAGAUGAAAAUGUCCUGGUCGCCGGCACACCCGACACUCCUCAAUCGAAAUUGGAUGGCAAAAAUACCGAUCUCACUGCUGUUGGUGUUGGCGGUAGACAUCGCAUGCCAACGAAAAAUCGUAAAUUAGCUCCAGGUGCACUUAAAAGUUUAGCAGGUUAA